GACAAGAGUGUGGCAGUGGUCGCAUUUUGCCGAACGGCUCUUUAUAUGACCUCGACCAGUCUAAGGUGCACAUAUCUCCACUCCAAUUCUACCGUCACGCCUCUCUCUACGGGUUAGCUACGAACGCCCGACAUUCUGAUUCUGAAUCUUUAUCUCGCCAACGUUCAAAUAAACAGCUCGUGCAUUCACGGGUUGGCGAGCUCGCCUGCUUUACUUGCCUGGGUUUCAUCUAGAUUGUCCAUUAACCGAAAUAUUACAGAUUGUGUUCUCCUUUGACACAUGGAUCGCUACGCAAAAAUAGAGAAAGUCGGAGAAGGCACAUAUGGAGUUGUUUAUAAAGCCCGGGACGUCACAACGAAUCAAAUCGUAGCACUCAAGAAAAUCCGACUUGAAGCAGAGGAUGAAGGAGUCCCGAGCACUGCCAUCCGAGAAAUCAGUCUGCUGAAGGAACUCAAGGAUGACAAUAUCGUUAGACUGCUUGAUAUCGUGCACGCUGAGCAGAAGCUUUAUCUGGUCUUUGAAUUCUUGGAUGUAGACUUGAAGCGAUACAUGGAAAACGCCAACUCAGGCGGUACGCCUAUUUCUAUCGGCAUAGUCAAGAAAUUUACUCAUCAGCUCAAUGCCGGCCUUCUGUACUGUCACUCGCACCGAAUCUUGCAUCGCGACCUCAAGCCUCAAAAUCUGCUUAUUGACAAGAAAAACAAUCUCAAACUCGCAGAUUUUGGCCUCGCGAGAGCCUUUGGCAUUCCCAUGAGAACGUACACCCACGAGGUAGUAACGUUGUGGUACCGCGCACCUGAAGUCUUACUCGGUUCUCGGCACUAUUCGACGGCUAUUGACAUGUGGUCUGUCGGGUGCAUCUUCGCUGAGAUGGUGAUGCGUGGGAGUCCCCUGUUUCCUGGCGACUCUGAGAUCGACCAGAUCUUCAAGAUCUUCAGGAUCCUCGGCACGCCAAGUGAAGAGACUUGGCCAGGUGUUACUCAAUUGCCUGAUUACAAGGAUACAUUCCCUCGGUGGUCGAAGCAAGAGCUUAAGAGUGUCGUACCCAAUCUCGACGAACAAGGUUUGGACUUGCUCGCGCACACUUUGACGUAUGACACAGCAAAACGGAUUUCUGCGAAACGCGCCCUUAACCACCCUUACUUCGCGCACUACACACCAUCAUGACAAGUUCCUUGCAUUUGAGUCGAUGGCAUACAUAUUUGAUAUAUUCCCGUUUCCACUUCCUUGUUACCCUUCAACUUUGUCGUCUAGUACCAUCGUCUCCGUAUUCGGCAUCACAGUCAGUAGUUAAAAUAUGUCCAAUGUGAUAGUAUGUGCAUCGUUCGGAAGGCUCUCGGUGGGAAUCCGG